AUGGAGAAGGAGCUUACGCAGCACCUGAGUGUGACUGCCCGCUUCCCAGCAGUGUGGGAACCCUUCACCGAAUCUCCCGCUUUCCUCCUUCCUCCGCCAGGGCGACCCGCUGACAAGAUGGUGGUGGUGCCAUGGGAGCCGGUGGUGCGGUACGGGGGCUCGGUAGAGCUGAACUGCUCGCUGGCCUGCGCGGGGGGCACGGUGCAGAGAAAGGGGCUGGACACCAACCUGGGGAGCGUCACCUCCUCCCCUACCCACAGCGUCCUGCACAUCAGCAGCGCCGUGGUUGCCACGGAGGGCACCAAGAUCUGCCAGGGGAGCUGCCACGGGCAGCACUACCAGCACACUGUCAUCCUGAGGGUCUACGCUCUCCCGGACGCUCUGCAGCUGGAGGUGGACCCAGGGCAGCCCGACAGCCUGCGCUGCUCGGCCCGGAACGUGUACCCGAUCACAGAGGUGGAGGUCACCUGGUAUUGGGGGGACCAAGUGCUGGAGAAGGCAGCCUUCGAUGACACAGAGACUGAUGAGGAGCUGUAUGACAUCGUGUCCACGCUGCCGGUGGCUGGGAAGGAUGUGGGAGAAGGGGUGGAAUUCAGGUGCAAGGUGACGCUGAGCGUGGGGCAGGAGACCUUCAGCCGGGUGGCAUCUGUGACCGUGAGACCUAGGGGUGAGUGCUGGGGUGGGAGCUGGGGACCUGGGUUCAUCCGCUGGAGCCAACCCCCAUUGCCCUUGCGCUGCCUGAAAUACACAGAUCCCACCACAGCCCUGACCACCACACCGUGGGAGCCUGACACCGAGACCAUGCUGGAGACGGCUGCUGCCCACGACCCCCCCUCCACACAGCGCUCUGCUCCCUGUGACCUUGUCACAGGCAGUCCCAUGGCACGGCCAGCCACCGCCACGUUCCCUGGCUCUGGCACCACGAGCCCCCCAGCUGAGGCGCAGGGGACGGCUGCAGACAGCACCAGCUGGGGCUCUUCCCCAGCAGAGAAGGGGACAGGGCUGUCCGUGGGGACGGUGCCUGCCUGCUUGGUAACAUUUUGGUCUCUAAAACUAAAACAUUUGACGCGGGGCAGGGCCCUGAGCAUCGAGUGCCAUGCAGGGUGUGCCGGGAAUGCCACCGUCCGCUGGCUGCAGACCCCCGCAGCCCUCUCGCAGUACCGGGAGGAGGUGUCGGAAAGCAGCUCCACUCUGCGCCUGGACCGCGCCGAACCCCAGCACCAGGGCCACUAUCAGUGCACCCUGCUUGGCCACGGCUCCCAGGUGGUCAGUCUGCAGCUGAUGGUCUUGGAUGAUUCGUUCAGCACGGGCCCUGCCAUCGCCAUGGGGACAACAGUCUCGCUGUUGGGACUGAUCGUGAGCGGCAUCAUGUCUCAUCGCCUGUGGAAACGAUUCAGGUCUCGGUACGAGCUGUCCUAGGCGCGGGAGCUGCCCACAGACACCCACCGCCCUCUGGACCCGUCCCUGCCGUCGC